AACCUCCCUACCUCUCUCUCUCUUUCUCUCUAUACACAGCAUAAUCUUUAGCAUCUUCCACUGUGAACUAGCGCUUUCAUUUCGUUCUUCGCUUUGUUUUAGGUUCCAUUCAACGAUCCAAGAAAAAUGCUAGCGGUUUUCGACAAAUCUGUGGCAAAGAGCCCUGAGGCUCUGCAGAGUCCUCAGUCAAACUGUGUUUCAGCCCUGAAAGAUGGGUUUCUGGCACAACACUUCUCAUCUGUUCAUCCUGGUUCCGUCACCGUCAACCUUGGCUCUUCGGGUCUCUUGGCAUAUUCUCUUGACAAACAGAACCCCCUCCUUCCAAGGCUGUUUGCGGUCGUGGAUGACAUCUUCUGCUUGUUUCAAGGCCACAUUGAGAAUGUUGCUAAUCUUAAGCAACAAUAUGGAUUGAAUAAAGCAGCAAAUGAGGUGAUCAUUAUCAUCGAGGCAUACAGGACUCUAAGAGAUCGUGGUCCCUAUCCUGCUGCUCAGGUUGUGAGAGAUUUCCAAGGCAGAUUUGCAUUUAUUCUGUUUGACAGUGGUUCUAAAACCACAUUUGUUGCUGCGGAUGCUGAUGGGAGUGUUCCCUUCUUUUGGGGAACUGAUGCUGAUGGAAAUCUUGUUCUUUCUGAUGAGACAGAGAUUGUAACUAAGAGCUGUGGGAAAUCUUCUGCACCAUUCCCUAUAGGAUGUUUCUUUACAACAUCUGGAGGUUUGAGCAGUUUUGAGCAUCCACUUAAUGAGCUGAAGCCUGUACCAAGGGUUGACAGUUCUGGUCAGGUGUGUGGUGCCACUUUCCAGGUGGAUGCCGAGGCUAAGAAGGAAACAACUGGUAUGCCAAGGGUUGGGAGUGCUGCUAACUGGUCUAAUAAUAUCUGAUUUCAACCCUGUUUUAUUUGUACCGAGGCUUUUAUUAUUGCUUGACUUGGUUGAAUUUUCAAGUUCUGGUCAUCUGUUCCUACCAUAUGAUAACUCCGAGGCUCUAGUGAGGCUUAGCUUAUCAUAUUAGUUAUUGCGGAACAGAAAUAUGAUUUCAUGAAGCUAUCCAAAUUGCUUCCGAGCAAAUAUUGAGCUCAUACUCUCUUGGCACAUAUCAUGUAAUAAUAUCAACUUGCGCACAGGUUCAUCCUAAAAAUGAAGAUUAAUUACUGCUUUUGUUUGAU